AAGGGGGAACAAAAAGAAGUAAAUAGGUAUGGGCAUAAUCGUCAAUUGCCGUGUUACUACGAUACUCCGACCGACGGUGAAAAGACCUGUGAAACUGAAACAAAAAUUUAAAAUCCGGAAAAAGGAAUCUUCCACAGCACACAAACACACACUCUCCAUUUCUCAAGCAAACAUAUUCUGAAAUAAAAAUCAAAAGGAGAGAAGAUGUUUUACUCACAGCUGCUGUUAUCAAACAAGGGCGCCUUAGGCAUCGUUUGGAUGGCUGCUCAUUGCCACAGAAGGCUUAAAAAAGACCAAGUCCAGCAAACCAACAUUUCUUCUUCUAUUGAUAAGAUUCUGGAUGAUGAAGUUCCUAUCGUCACGCAUAGAAUCCUAGCCUUCCUUCUUCUUGGUGUUGUGAGGAUUUACUCGAAAAAAGUUGAGUAUCUAUUUCAUGAUUGUAAUGAAAUAUAUAACAGACUGUGUGGCCUUAAGACUGGAAAAAGCACACGCCCAAGCAUUGGAGUCUCACGGACAAAUUACCACUCUGUCACUUUACCAAAGAGAUUUGAACUUGAUGCAUUUGAUCUGGAUCUCCUGGAACACCAGAAUUCUGCAGGUGAAAAUGUGAGAUCGCAUAAACAAGACAUGCUUGCUGAUGAUCGCCGAAAAGAUGGCAGUAGAUCUGGCUUUUUCGACAAGGAGAAUAUGCAAUCUUCUGAAGCUUACUCCAAAGCUGAUACACCACCUCGAGACGUGUUCUCGAGGAACCAGUGGAGUUCAUUCAGUAAUAUGAACAUCUCUUUAGCUGGGCUGGAAGUACUUCGUGGAACAAGUUUUUCUUUAGAAGACCGUCUAGAUCCUAUUAUAUUGGAUGAGGCUGAAGAAGCACAAAUGCAUAAUAAGCAUCUUCCUAUUAGGGAUUCUAUUAUGUGUAAUGAGAUGGAGUCUGGUUCUGUUGUAAGUCUAUCCAGUAAUAGAAGUCAUUCAGUACCAAGUGCGGAGAUCUUUUGUGGGACUGGGUUUUCUUUAGAAGAUCGCCUGGAACCGAUGGUGUUGAAUGAGGAUGAAGAAGAACAACCAAAUGCUAGGCCAUCAAAAGAGAAUAUAAGUUCAAAUAUGCAUGGGCCAAUCCAAGAUGUGGAGUUCGAUUCUGUUGCAAAUCCAUCCCCUCAAGGAAGUAAGUUGGCUGCGAGUUUGGAGACACCUCAGAGAAGUGGUUUCCAGAUGUUGAAUGAGGAUGAGAAGGUACAAAGCCACGAAGAGACAUCAGACAAAGAGAAGAGAGUCGAUGAAGAGACUAUAGAGCACCUACAGGCUCAAAUGAACUGUCAAGAGAAUGAACCCCAUGAAUUCACUGGAUCAAUGGAUAAGCAUGUGAGUGCGAAGAAGAUGAAGUCUUUGGAAGUGAUCAACUCAGAAAGCUUAGAAUGCCGAAGGCCGAAAGAAUUUCCUAUGUCUGUUGUUGUAACUCCAGACUCAAAGCUUCCAGCAGGUCUCAGUAGUCCAGAGGUUGUGACUGUUCAGACUCCUGCCACAAAGGAGCGCACAAAGAUUCUGAAGAAGCGCAAGACUUUGUUUGAUUUGACCACAGUGGUGCCUAACAAGGUUCUAAAAAAAUGGAUAGAAGAAGAUCCAAGUGAUCUAAAACGCAAAAGGAGGGACGUGCCCAAUACUCUUUUACAUGCCUGGAGAGCUCGUAAACUUGCCAAUGGGCCUCAGAGUUUCUUUGAGCCUUUGUUUCAUGGUGUCACAACAGAUCUUGCUAAUCUUGAAUGCGAAAAAAGUUGGGCAGCAGCAUUGAAAUCGGUGAAAAUAUCUGACAGGAGAGAGGAUGUGAGAACUCCUGUUUCAAAUGAACAAAUUCCUGAAGUAAGAUCUCCUUCUCCACAUAGGUCUUAUGCUGAAGAAACUCCGAUUGCUCCUGGAACACCUGUUACUCAUUUGAAGCCAUCAACAAGAUCACACGAGGCUGCUGUUUCACAUUUCAGCUUGGAACCCGCAUCCUCAUCUGAAACCAUAGACAAGUGCCAAUCUAAAAGUGUAUCACUGGAAUUUGAUGCUGUGUUUCAGGAGGAAAUAAAUUCAUUUGAUGGAGGUAGUUCGGAAAAAGAUGCAUAUUCAGAGAAAACAAGAAUGAUUGGAAGAUAUCUGAGUAGGAAGUUCUUGGAUAAGAAGAGACAUAAAGAUGAAGAAGUGUUGAACUUGUUGCAGUUGUUGACACGAAAAACAAAGAAAGAAAGUGCAAGGUUCUUCUAUGAGAUACUGGUUUUGAAAACGCGGGACUGCAUAGAUGUGCAGCAGGAGAAUUCGUAUGAUGAUAUUCUUCUGAGGGAGACUUCCAAACUGAAGCAAGCAGCAGCAGCAUCCUCUCGAAACUGAACUUUUAAAAAGUAGUAGUAGUUGUACUCUUUUGCAUAGAGAAUGGUACAGUAGUCGUAUUUAUACUCUUUUUGUCUCUGAUCCGAGAGAUAGAAGCAAUCUUGGGUGUUGCUAGGCUUCUGUCUAUUAGAAGGUUCUAACUUGUAAUUAUGCUUGCAUCAGUAGUAGCUUACAAAAUAUGCCGAUGCCCAAAUGUGUGGUGCUGUAUAUCUGUUAUUUAUGUGCUUCAUAGCUGCUGCUGUUUUGUUGAAUGUCAAUGUUCUGAAA